UUAGGGUAUUUUUUUUUCUUCUUUACUUCCGCUCACUAUUGGCUACACUUUCCUGUCCGACUCAUCUUCUACUCACAGUUUGAUCGAUUUCAUCACAGAAAAAUACUCCUAGUGGGGUUUCUUUCUCACAGUUGUUUCUGAUCUCACUAGUACUCCUAUGAAGUUGCUAUUCUCUUUUCAGUCUCCCCUCUUUACACAUAUAUAACUACAUUCAUUCUAUAAAUACAAACUUAGGUUUCCGGGCCAGCUUACUAACCCUCCAUUAAUCUUUGAUCAAUCCACCGUCUACUAGCGCUAGGUUUUUCUAAAGGCCCACCUAGUUGGUUUUUUUUUUUUCCUCUCUCUCUCUCUCUCUCUCUCUCUUUACUUUCGUUUACUAUGGCUUCAAUUGCCUGUUCGACUCAGUUUCUACUAAACCCUUCGCGAUUUUCAUCUCCAGUUAGAGUUUCACCCAAUUUAGUUCAACUAAAGACUCGAUUUUCAGUUACGUCCAGAGCAGAAUUUUUUCCGGUGCCGGAGUAUCGGCUGUCUACGGCGUCGGUCGGAUUGUCUGGAACGAGUUUAGGGUUAUUUGGUGGGAGUCAGUUGUUGAGGCGAAAAUUUUCGGGUGAUUUUACUACAAAGGCGGCAGCAGACGAUGCGGAUGGUUAUGAAAUUGAAGUCUCGGAUGGGUUAUCUAAGCCUUCUAAGAGCUUUGGUGAAAAAUUCCCAGUUCUGGUUACUGGUUUCUUUUUCUUUACGUGGUACUUCCUAAAUGUCAUUUUCAAUAUUCUGAACAAGAAGGUUUAUAAUUAUUUUCCAUAUCCAUACUUUGUAUCGGUGGUACAUCUCCUUGUUGGUGUGGUCUAUUGCCUUUUUAGUUGGGCUUUUGGUCUACCAAAACGUGCUCCAAUUGACAAGGAACAAUUGGCUCUCCUCACUCCAGUAGCGUUCUGUCAUGCCCUUGGACAUGUCAUGUCCAAUGUAUCAUUUGCCGCCGUAGCUGUGUCUUUUACGCAUACCAUCAAAGCACUAGAGCCAUUCUUCAGUGCUGCUGCUUCUCAGUUUGUUUUGGGCCACCAGAUUCCAUUGUCCUUGUGGCUAUCCUUAGCUCCUGUAGUUUUUGGUGUAUCAAUGGCAUCACUGACGGAACUUUCUUUCAACUGGACUGGUUUUGUAAGUGCGAUGAUUUCAAAUAUUGCAUUCACCUACAGGAGUAUCUAUUCAAAGAAAGCAAUGACGGGAAUGGACAGUACAAAUGUGUAUGCUUAUAUCUCAAUAAUUGCCCUUCUGGUUUGCAUCCCACCAGCACUAUUUAUUGAAGGGCCCCAGCUGAUGCAACAUGGAUUUGCAGAUGCAAUUGCGAAAGUGGGUCUGCAAAAGUUAUUGUCAGAUCUGUUCUGGAUAGGAAUGUUUUAUCACCUUUACAACCAGGUUGCUGCUAACACUUUGGAAAGAGUUGCACCUCUUACACAUGCAGUCGGAAAUGUUUUGAAGCGAGUGUUUGUUAUUGGCUUCUCUAUUAUUGUAUUCGGUAACAGGAUUUCCACACAGACUGGGAUUGGUACAGUAAUAGCCAUUGCAGGCGUUGCCAUCUACUCCCUUAUAAAGGCAAAUAUGGAAGAGCAAAAACGGAAGGCUGCUCAAGAUCCUGCAUAACGGAGGUCUGCAGCCAAACUACCUGACUACGAAGUACCCUGCUUAUUGAUGAGGGUGACUAUUUCGUUUUUUGGAAAACGUUUGUAACAUCAUGAGGAUCCAAUUUUUGCGCAACAUUGAGCUACCAAAAUUGUUAAGACACGUGUCUUUAUGGGUCUGACCCUUUUUCAGAAAGACCAAAAGCUUAAGAGAGAUACUGGCACAAAGUAAAAAUCUUCCGGUAGAUAUAUACUAUGUUUUUCUUAGCAGACAAUUCUGCCGUGUUUUGUUUGUCAAGGGAAAUGAAACAAAUGUUUCAUACUCAAGAACAAUUACAUCAAUUUACACAUUAAUGCUGCAUCCGCGCGUUCA